UGAAGAAGAAGGGGAUAGCAAAGGUACAUGGGCCCGUGCCUAUAAAGGAGGCAAAGAGCCGGGAGAGACGGGCGAAGACAGUUGUAACCUCCCGUCCUCUCUCCCUCACUUCCAAGAUAGCCCGCUCCUAAGAGACUCGAGAGAGAGAGCGAGCAUGGGAGAGUGUGCCAUCUCAGGCCCCUCGCUUUAAUGCCUCCAAACCAUACGCCGUGACGCCACACUCUCUCUCUGUCUCUGUCACUGUGUUCGUUUUUUUCCUUCACUCCAGCGAAUCUCUGAACGCGAUCCCCUCUCCUCCUCCCCUCCCCCGCCCACCCCCUCCUCUUCCUCAUAUUUAUCGUCCCUCACGGACUCCAUCACUCCCCCUGUCAUCUGAACUGCGAUAUAACUCUCCCUACCAGCCCCUCCUAAAUUUCUUCGUCUCUGCUAAGCGAGCGAGAGAGAGGAAGAGGAAGAGAGAUGGACGUGAGCAAGAUAACGAUGGAGAUCUUCUCCAAGCUAGAGAAGAAGUGGCUGAUGGAGUGGGAGAAUACUGGAAACCUUUGGUCCUCUCCCAUUUCCACUGCCGACAAAAAGAAGGCCAAGAACAAGAAGACCCGCAUUUUGAGUAUCGACGGCGGAGGUGGCAUAAAAGGUCUUGUCGCUGGGCAGGCGCUGAUCCAUCUCGAGGAUUGCAUCAGAUCCGUGACAUCUAAUCCUCAAGCCUCCAUCCCUGACUACUUCGAUCUCAUCGCCGGCACCGGCAUUGGCGGUGUCCUCGCCGCCAUGCUCACAGCUGCUGACGAAUCUGGUCGACCUCUCUUUUCCGCCAGCGCCGCCGUGGAGUAUCUUUCCUCGAAAAGCCGCCACCUAUUCCGUCCCGCCGGCCUCCUCCUCCGGCGACGGAGGCGGCGCUUCUCCGGCAGCAGCUUCGAGGCCGUCCUCCGCGAAGCCCUCCGCGGCCCCGAGGGCCGCGUUCUCACUCUAAAGAACACCUGCAAGCCUCUUCUUAUCCCCUGCUAUGAUCUCAACACCAGUGCUCCCUUUGUCUUCUCCCGCGCCGACGCCGUCGAGUCGCCGAGCUUUGACUUCGAGCUCUGGAGCGUUUGCCGGGCGACGGCCGCCACCCCGGGGUUGUUCUCGCCGUGCAAGCUCGCGUCAGUGGAUGGGAAGACGGCGUGCGUCGCCGUCGACGGGGGGCUCGUGAUGAACAACCCCGCCGCCGCCGCCGUCACCCACGUGCUCCACAACAAGCGGGACUUCCCCGCCGUCGCCGGCGUCGACGACCUCCUCCUCCUCUCCCUCGGCAGCGGCCCGCCGCCGCGCCAGCGGCCAGCGACCGCCGGGGAGUGCUCGGAGCGGGCGGUCAUGGAGAUCGUGCUCGACGGAGUGUCCGAGACCAUCGAUCAGCUUCUCGCCAACGCUUUCUGCUGGAAUCCAACGGAUUACAUUCGUAUUCAGGCUAACGUCUGGGAGACGGAGCGGGAGGAGGGCGAGGAGGGGCCGAGGAGGGCCGGAGAGUGGAUGCUGAAGGAGAGGGGGGUGGAGUCGUUGCCGUUCGGAGGUAAACGGUUGCUGACGGAGUCUAACGGCGAACGUAUCGAGGUAUUGGUGAAACGGCUCGUUGCAUGUGGCUUCGCAAACGACAUCCCACUGAGCCGGUUCAAGGAAACCACCGUCACAAAGCUCUCAGAUGGCCGUUAAUUUUAGCUAGUCUUCUUUUCUUUUUCUUUUCCCUUCUCUCCUUUUUGCUGGUUCAGUAGUCAGAUGAGGAGCUUGCAUUAAAAGCUCUGACCAACUGAUGAUAGAAGCGCUAGUUUAAUCAAAUAAGAACCGGCUUUUCUUCUUUCAACUUUAGCAGUAAAAUAAGAAAAUUCACUGUUACCUGCUUCACUGUUGAUUCCCUUUGCAGAGGGUGCAGUUACUGAAAAUUAAAUUAUAGUACUUCCUUCCAU